GCACUUCGCUAGUCCCCGACGACGCAGGGUGCAGUCGUCGCUUGGAAAAUUCGUAAAAAUCGGAAAAGUCGUCGGUAAUUCAACAAAUCGCGACAUAAAAUUCGAACCUAUCGAAUCGGAUUCGUUAAAAGGACGAUUCAAAUCAUAUUAUAUCGUUGUAGUAUUUAAUGGAAAUCGUGGCGGAUCUUCCAAGGACGGAAGUCAACGUUUUCUGAAGUGUUCACAGGUUGUGGCUGGUGGUUUGGAUUGGAAACGUCAAAAUUAUUAUAAUUGUUUCAGCGACAUGGAACGGGAAACGCGCCGGAUUUGUGAUAAAUAGCGACCGAUUCGGGUAGAGUUGAUUCGAUAUGGGAACCGGCGACGGCGCUAUCGAGAAAUCCAAACACAACCCCGACGUCGAAAAUUUAAAAUCCCUUUUGAAAAAAUCCAGUAAUAAGAAAGACAAAAAACACAACCGGGUCGUUUUCAACGAGACGAAAAACGAAUUUUUCGACGCCGAUUACAUAAUUCUAAUCAGGGAAGAAUGCGAUUUCGAAGACGACGACGACGACGGGGUGUGUACGUGUUACCAACACGAGAUGGUGCGAUUGACGUGCGGCGAACCGGACUGCAGCUGCGGCGGGGUCUACGAACAACAAGUCGAAAAUCAGACCCCCCAAAGUCCGAAAUUCGCGCCCCCCAUCGAAUUCGUGGACGCGGUUACGCUGAGUCCGCCGGAGGGUUACAAAGACAUGGAAUUGGAGGAGCUGGCGUAUAAACAAAGGAAACACAGAACGGCCGUCUGCAGGGAGUGUAGUGCCAAUCAAGAGCAUCUUAAUGAAAAAGGUGAUACUUGUCAACCAAACAGUGAUAUAAUUAAGCCAAAGAUAGAUUUAGAUGACGAUGAGCAAGAAAAAGAAAAAAUUGAUCAGAGUCAACAGACAACACCUACCUCUCCGAAUAACCCAGAUGGGAAAGAAUACCUUCUGGAAUCAUCUGUGGAUGAAGAUCAGUCUUUUGAGGAAAAUGUAAAACCUCUACCGACAGCAGAAUCUCCCGUAACAGGUAUAUUGAAAGGGGGGAAAUUGUGGAGACAACAGAGCGGGGAAAAUCUUGUCAAACAGGAACAAUUUACGAAAACUGACUCAAUUUCUGACGAAGAAUCCAAUCAGCGAACAGUCCGUUUCAUAGAAGAAGAAAAGAAAGACAGCUGCAAAUCUUCGCCGGAAACAGACAGAGAAGUUGAAGGAAAAGAGGCGACCAAAGAAGACGAAAUAUCACCAAACAAACAAGAAAUAUCAAACGCAGAACCUACAGAAAUGAUGUUGACAUUUAAAUUAGGUAACCAUGUGUUGAUAUCCAACAAUAGCCUGAAGCCUAAUUCGGCUGUUAGGCAGUUGUUUCCCUGUACGAAAGGACUGCAACCGAAAACGGGCGAAAAUGACGACAAGCAGUAUCUGGUCACUGCCGAGUCUCUGAAAGCGUUCGAGGAAGCCAAAAGAGCGAAACUGCCGCAGAUAAUACAAAAUACAGGUACUACUGAUAACAUAAAAAGAGUAAUAGAAAGAAACACUUUAAGAAGAUCUUUGGUUCGUUAUGAACCCAAAAGCAAAAAGAACCUACAAAAGACUGAUAAUUCUCUAGUGGAACGAAUCAAACAAUUAACAUGUGAUAUCGACGACGUCAGUCAAGAUUCGGACGAUUUGUCGGCUAGAGUGAGCCCCACGGGAGAAGAAGGAAGCAAUAACUCCGAUAAUAAUCAGAUUUCAAACAAGAUCAAAGAACCGAGAAACUUCUCGCCGUCAUCUUCUUCGACAGCCAGUUCCAAUUCUUCUACGUCUUCCACGUACAAGAAAAUCACCGAUAUUUUCGGAAAACGAGAAAAACCUCUGGAAAAUUCCACUCAAUCGGUUAAUUACGAACCGAAGACGGUACAAACGCAAACUUUACCGGAUAUAGGAGGACCUUACAAUCACGAUACUUCCGAGAAAGAUAGUAAUAAAUCGAAACAGUUUCUCUCGACAUUAGCUCCUCUAACAGCUUGCGUCAGCGGUAUCAGCCACCCAGACGACCAUUACUACCACUUGAGCAACCAUGGUUCAGUUAUUAGUUCCACCGGAAGCGAAUAUACUUUAGACGACAUAGACGAAGCUCUAGUCAACGAAGAAAACAAGAAAAUAACGCCGGAUGUACUGGCGGGAACACCCGCUUCCGAAUCCGGUGACGAACUCCUAGUUUUCGUUCAACAAGACGCCAAUAGGAUAGAAAGAAUCAAGAAAAAAUACGAGAAUGAAAGUAAGAAAGAGGACGACGAAAACGACGAUUACGGGUUCAAUCACAGACCGAGCGUGCGCGGUAUUAAACCGCGUUUUGGAUCCACAACUGAAAUUCUACAACAGAUCCAGAAUCAAAUACAGCUGCCGUCGACUAACGCCAACGUCUCGUGGCCGUACUACUCCGAAACCAGCCUUAACAGAGACGACGACUCGAAUAGAAUCAACAAACAGAACGCCACGACGCAAUAUCAAAAUAUUUCCGACGAAACCAAAGUUAGAAGUUACCAGUACAGACCUGUGAGUCUUCAUGAUAGUUAUCAAAGUUGUACCAAUCAGAAUUGCUACAAGGAUACUUACAAAACACAGAUGGGAAUGGAAAUAGAUUGCCAAGCGUAUCCGAAAUACAGAAACAAUAGACCGCUGUCACCUCCGCCGCAAGAGCUAUCAAGAACGUACCACCAAACCAUGGUUUACAUACCGUACAAUCACAUAGAGAGCUAUCAACAACCGAACCCAAAUCCUUACCAAACAAACGAAUAUUAUCGUUACAACCAAAUCAAUAAGAAAUACAUCGAGCCGGUAUAUCAACAAAAAAUGACUUUUAUCGAUGAUCAAUACGCCACCACAAACGGGCAGCAUAAAUUCAUAACAAAAACCCCAUAUAUGAACAGUUACCAACCGAUGUUGGUACCUUCUAGAAGCGAGAGUCCUUUAAUGGGUAAUUAUUCCAUGGCUAGAUCUACCCAGACGUCAGUUGGGUGUCUUUCUGGUUGCAGUUUCUAUCAAGUUCCUUCUACGCUCCGUUACAAAGAUUCCAUGCGGCAACCUUACAAAUCUGAUUACAAGGUCCAACGUCACAGUUUUCCCGCAGUAAGACCACGAUAUAAUUCCGGAGACGCUUCCGAGCAUGCGUACUUGGAUGAUACCGGUAUGCAACACGUUAAUCACCUCAAUGGUUAUUAUAAUUACCUACCGCCGAAGGAAUCUCCAGCUAACAGUCCUACCAAAGCUCGAUAUAUAGAAAGGGGGGUACCAGAGGGCGCAGCUAGCGUAUCACCUCAGGAUUCUCUAAAUUUACAGAGUACUAGUACUAAUACGUCUCCUACUACCAUGACACACAAUAGUUCGAAGCCACUUUUUUAUGCCAUGAACGUUUGAAUUUUGAAAUUAGAUGAAUAUAUUGAAAAAUUCGUUGCAAAAUUUUUCAUCAUUUUCAGUUUUGAGAAUUUUAUUAAAAUUGAAACUUCUAAAAUUAUUUUUACAUAAAGUUUCUCGAAAAAAAUUUGUCCUAAGUUCGACCCUGUUUAAAAAUUCGUUGCAGUAAUUAUAUAUAAGAUUUAUGAUUUCUUCUUCUUAUUUAUAUAGUUAUUGUCGUAUAGUAAAGUUCGCUUAAAGUCUACAAAGAAAGAGGCCACUUCAAAAAAGUUGGAUAAGAAAAUAUAAUAAGUUAAUUUUUUAUCCUAAUUAAAUAGUUUUUAACAUGAAAAAAAAUUAUAGUGAUUUAAUAACUUUUCCAAAAUAAAUGUCCAUCUCUAAUUGACUAGUGUUCUGUGUAUUUUCGUAUUGUUGAUUGUAGAGUUGGGAACUAAAUAUUUGGAACAGUUGGUAUAUAUGAAACAGAUAAAAGAUUCUAUGAUUUCUUCUUAUUUAUAAAUUCUGGUUAGUGUUGUAUAGGGAAGUAUGCUAGAAGCGUUUGUAUGAAUGGUUAUUUCUAUUGAACGUUUUUUUAUACGGCAAAGCUUGCCUAAAACCAUUACCAUACAUUUGAACUAAAUCAUCUCAAUGUUACUGUAAUUGUGGACUUUGGGAACAAAAUAACUCAAGUUACAAAUUUUUCGAAAAUUUGCAACGAUAUUUUCAAACUUUUUUGUGUGUGUAUAAAUAUUAUGUUGCUUUAGAUAAAAGCAUUAUUUGUUGAAAAUUUGUAGGUUAUAAUAACCGAAUGGCAGAAAAUAUUUCGUUAAAUAUGAGAAUUUUAUUUAUAUAACCAAAAAAAGAACCACUACAAAUAAUAUAUAAAAUGAAGUGAUUUAAUAACAUUUACCAAACAAUUACCCAUCUCUAAUUGACGUCACGUUGUUAUGGUUACUAUACCAUGUGAAGUAUAGAGUUGGGAACUAAUUUUUUGGAACAGUAAAUAUUUUUUUGUGGUGGUUCUUCAACAAUUUCAUAUUUAUUGAUGUUUUCUGUUAGUAGCUUAAUUAUUUAGAUGAAUCGUUGUUGUCGUAUUAAUCAGUAUUACUAAAAUUAAUUAAAAAAAAUGAGAGAUGUUUAUAUUUAUGUGACUUUUUCAUAUUUUAUUACAAUUUGCGUAAUUUAUGUUUUGUUACUAUAAAUUUGUAUUUUUAGGAAGUCUAUCAAGCCAAAGUAAUCUUUUUAUGUACAGGGUACACCAAGAAAAAGAAUCUUGCUUAUCUACGUACAUACAGUUCAAUUAUUGCAUAUAUUCAUACAAAAAUUGUUCAUUCCAUAACUGAAUUCUAUUUUUCCAAAUAGCUCAUUCAAAAAUUGUUAUAAACGAAUCACAAAUAAAUAUACAGGUACGAAUCGAUAGUUAUAUAUGAAUAACAGUUCCAGAAAUGAAGAAUUCAUUCGUGUUAAUAAAUUUCCGCUCAAGGUUAUUUAAAUUUGAGGUUAUGACUAGAAUUCAGUUUAGGAAUACCUCGACAUAAUUGCAAAGUGCAAUAUUUGAGCUAAAAAGUAAUAAUAUUCCCAAAAAUAUUAUAAAUCUUGUUGUAAUUUAUAUUUAAAAGAGUCUAUAACCUCUAUCACCUGUUUUUACAGCAAUCUAGUUUAAUUUUCUCGACUCUAUCGGAAGGAGCAUGCCAAAACGUGUUGGCUAUAGUGAAAUAUAUACAGAAAACUAUAAAACGUUUAUGCUCAAAAUUUUCUGUAAUCCCCAACACACUCGUUAAAAUAAAACGAAUAGUUUAAGAUUCUAGGAAUUGGAAAAGACCAAAUUUCAAAAACUAUAUUCUAGGUAUAACUGAAAUUAUUUUUUGUCGCAGGUGGUAUGUAAUGUUGUGAAUGAAAAACCCCUUUUUGAAAAAAUAAACGUAGAUCAUCAAUCAAAUUGAUAAAUUUCUAUUAUUUAUUUACGUACCUAGCAUUUAUCUAGGCUGUAAUAUGUGAAAUAACUUGAAAUUACAAUAAAAUUGUACGGUACUUACA